GGCGGUCUUGGCGGCGCGUUUCGACGACAUCUUGCAGGAUGCCCGAAGGACUCACCUGGAGGAGGAGUGCUGCAACGGCAGCGACGAGAAGCCCCACAGCAGGCGCGAGUUCGACGCCGACGCGAGCCUGGGGGCAUGGGAGGCGGCCAAGAAAUCUGACUAUCCCGAGAGGAGGUUCGAGGAGUACUUCGAUCGGGACCUGAACGCCGCCGUAGUCGGGGCCGUCGCGCCGCUGGAGUUCCUCGCCACGUCGGCUGGCGCCAUUGCCUUCACGAAAGCAGUGGGCAAGAAAGGGAGCGAGAGCGCUGGGGCCCUCGAGGCGACGGAGCGGGCCAUCGCAGAGCAGCUGACCGCAGGGGGUAUCAGCCAGACGCUGGCCAAGAUCAUCGCUGCCCGUCGCGUGAAGGUCGUAGAGAGCCAGGCAGUGACAGGCGAGGCCCCCAACGAGAAGAUGAUAGAUGGGGCCGGCGGGCCCCCCCCGCACAUGCCGAACGUCGCGGAGGGGCGCGUGCCCGAGGACCAGCGGGAGAGCGACGCCUUGCCCGAAUCUCUGGCGGCGCCCGUCGACCAGCACCACCAGCAGGAUGUCCCCAAGGAGGAGCAGGAGUCGUUCGACCUGAUGCGGUACGGGGACGCCGCGAGCCUCUUCGACGCGCUCGCGUUCACCGUGGAAGGCCUCCACCCCGUGCGCUUGGUCCGCAUGUCGUGGCUCCUGCAGCAGCGCGGCACGGUCCUGAAGAGGUGCCAGGAGCUGCCGGACGAAGCUUUCGUGUCCGCGGACGAGCUGCGGGCCGUCUGGGAGACUGGCGGUUUGGUGAUUGACACCCUGGAGCAGGAGCGCCACAAGUACUCCACAGCCUGUUAUUCCUUCGAGGGGUUCAGCGAAAUGGGAGUCUUCUGGGAUUGGCCCUCGCUGCUGCAGGGCGACACCGUCAAGUCUGAGGACGCGAAGGCUGCCGCCCUGCGGGAGGGCAAGAGCGAAAAGGACGCGCAGGAGAUGGCGGACAAGGCGAAGCGGACCCCCGCCGAGAGAGCCGCCUUCACGCACGGGCUGGAGGAGAUGAUGGAUCUCUGGUACGCCCACGAGGCCACCACCGUCCUCCUGCUCACCCAGCACCCCCGCGAGCGGGGAAGCACGCGCGAGUGCGGCUACGACCAGUCUGGCUGGACGACGUACGAGCGCUGCUCCACGGAGCAAACAAAGCGGGUGCGGCGUUGGGGGGCGAAAUGGGACGCCGUGGCCGGCCUGGGGCGAGGGGCGGGGGCGGCGACGGCCGGGAGGGGGCGGCCGGUGGGCCCGGACGAGUUCGACCAGCUCAUCGAGGACAGGUCUUUCACCAACGGCGCGGACCAGGAGGCGGUGCAGGCGCUCUUCCGCCGGAUGAGCCGCGCGCAGCUGGGCGGCGUGACGACGCUAGACUUCAAGGGGAUGCCUCCCCCGACCCCCGAGCAAGCCGCGGGGCUCGCUGGCUGCCUGCGGCUGCGCACCCGCCUGGAGACGCUGGACCUGCGUAGCUGCGAGUUCGGUCCCGCGGGCGCGCGGGCACUGGCGGGGGCGCUGCCCUCCCUGCCAGGCCUGAAGAAUCUGUACCUGCAGGCGAGUAGCGUCAGCGACGAGGGUGCGCAGGCCCUGGCGGAGGCGCUGCCCUCCAUGAAAGGCGCGAAGGCCCUGGCGGGGGCGCUGCCCUCCAUGAUUGGCCUGACGACGGUAAACCUAGACAGAAACAGCACCAGCGACGAGGGCGCGCAGGCCCUGGCGGGGGCGCUGUCCUCCAUGACCGGCCUUAUGGAGCUGCUCCUGAACUGCAACAGCAUCGGCGACGAGGGCGCGAAGGCCCUGGCGGGGGCGCUGCCCUCCAUGAUGGGUCUGACGACGCUGAACCUGGACAGAAACAGCAUCGGCGACAAGGGCGUGCAGGCCAUGGCGGGGGCACUGCCCUCCCUGCCAGGAUUGAAAAAUCUGGUCCUGCACACGAGCAGCAUCGGCGACAAGGGCGUGCAGGCCAUGGCGGGGGCACUGCCCUCCCUGCCAGGCCUGAAGAAUCUGUACCUGCAGGCGAAUAGCGUCAGCGACGAGGGUGCGAAGGGCGCGAAGGCCCUGGCCGGGGCGCUGCCCUCCAUGACUGGCCUGGCGACGGUAAACCUAGACAGCAUCGGCGACGAGGGCGCGAAGGCCCUGGCGGGGGCGCUGCCCUCCAUGACGGGUCUGACGACGCUGAACCUGGACAGAAACAGCAUCGGCGACAAGGGCGUGCAGGCCAUGGCGGGGGCACUGCCCUCCCUGCCAGGAUUGAAGAAUCUGGUCCUGCACGCGAACAGCAUCGGCGACGAGGGCGCGCAGGCCCUGGCCGGGGCGCUGCCCUCCAUGACCGGCCUGAUGACGCUGCACGUGGACAGAAAUAGCGUCGUUGACGUGUGUGCGCAGGCCUUGGCCUGGGCGCUGCCCUCCAAGAUCUGUUUGAUUUUGCUGAGCCUCAACGGCAACAGCGUCGGCGACGAGGGCGCGAAGGCACUGGCGUGGGCACUGCCCUCCAUGAGUGGCAUGAAGGAGCUGCUCGUGAACGGCGACAGCAUCGGCGACGAGGGCGCGAGGCACUGGCGGGAGCGCUGCCUUCCAUGA